AUGAGCUCGGCUCAGCUUCCAGCGGUUCAUGAGAUGUGGAGAGUAGCAGUCCCGCAGAUGGCGUUUGAAUAUGAGCCCCUACUUCACACGCUACUCGCUCUUGGGGCGGCUCACCGUGCGACACUAUUACCAAACGAGGCGCAUUCCCUGCGCCCUAUAUAUCAUGGGUACAUCGACUCUGCUCUUCGAUAUCAUCGUCCAAUGACAGCGAAUCUUGAUGGGAACGUCAGCGAAGCAGUCUGUCUUAAUGCAGUUCUUUUCUCACUCUAUACUUUAUUUCUACGGUCGGAGACAUCGGAAGGGCCCUAUGAGCCUCCAAUCAUGUGGAUUUCAAUGGCACGCGGAAUUCGGACAGUGAUGAAGAAUGUUUAUCAUCAGCUAGUCGCGACAGAGUCUCGCCUGUGUCCAUUGCUGCUGGCUCAGCCAAUGCUUUGGAAUCAGGGCUCAACUAUGCAAUACACUGGUCCCCUGAAGCCCUUUCAGCAUCUCCUCGAACAUCAGAUAGAAGAAGAGCUCUCUGACAAGAUCAGAAAUGCUUAUGCUGGGGCAGUCCAAUAUCUCGAGCGUCUAUACAUCGCAGUGCAGACCCGUGAACCAGAUUUUAUCAUUCGUAAGAUGUUUAAUGGGUUUCCGCCAGUUGUGCCAAGGUUGUUCCUCGACCUUGUAUCUGAGAAGCAACCACGCGCCCUUGUGAUACUGGCGCACUUUUUUGCGUUGGCUAAGAGUGCUGAAAAUAUCUGGUGGCUACGUGGAGUCCCCGAGAGAGAAGUUUGCGGUAUUAACAGUAUCAUUCCCGCUGAGUGGAAGUGGGCUUUGAUUUGGCCCUUGGAUGUUGUUUCUCAGCCCUCAACAUCCAAGGACCCCACAGAACCUUCAAUUCCCUUGUCAAUAAGAAACGUUCUCGACACCUUAUUCUAG